CCGAUGCCUGUUUCUGGUUACACUGUCAUGUCCUCCUGUGAGCAGGACAGUCCUGCAGGCACAAGCAUUCCUGUGGAUGACUAACAGAAUCCAAGCCGCUUUCUUAGUGCCUGGUGGCCCUGGGUCUGCAGUCUGGGCAGUAUUACAAAAGAUCUGUUUACGUUUGUGUUUAAAAUAGUAGAGGGCAGAGUAGAAAUAUUUAUCUUUAAUGGUGUCUUUUAAAUUAAAAGCAUCUGUGAAUUGUAUGAUAUGAACGCCAGAGUUUGGCAUCUUUUAACAUUGCAGUGUCUGGUGCAGUGGUGCCAAGUAUGUUCUCAUUGCAUUGCUGCCUUUGCCACCAGCUGUCCAUGACGCUCAUCUCACAACAGGUUUCUUUCUUUUUAUUUUUUAGUUAUAGAAAUACCUUGAAGUAAUUUUUAAAGUGAAACCUACAGAGUAUUUGUAGAGUUGCUGAAUAUCACCUUCAACGACUUAUCUUUUGGCAAUUAAGGAGCUUCAAAGUGCAGCACUGUGAAUGAAUGGAGUGAAAUUGAUUUUCAUUUAUGAAUUCUACCUUUAGAGCACUCUUUACUUUGCCUUCUCCUGUGGCUCCGGUGAGUACCUGGAGAUGCGGAACCAGGUGUGCAGCAAGUGCGCUGAGGGCUCCUACUCCCUGGGCAGCGGCAUCAAGUUCGACGAGUGGGACGAGCUGCCAGCUGGGUUCUCCAAUGUGGCCACCUUCAUGGACACGGUGCUGGGCCCCUUGGACAGCAGGCCAGACAGCUGCAGCAACUCCUCCUGGACCCCGCGUGGGAACUACAUCGAGUCGAAUCGUGAUGACUGCACGGUGUCGCUGAUCUACGCCGUGCACCUGAAGAAGUCUGGCUACGUCUUCUUUGAGUACCAGUAUGUCGACAACAACAUCUUCUUUGAGUUCUUUAUUCAGAACGACCAGUGCCGGGACAUGGACUCUGCCACCGACAAGUGGGUGAAGCUCACGGAUAGCGGAGAGUGGGGCUCGCAUUCGGUGAUGCUGAAGUCGGGCACGAACAUCCUCUACUGGAGGACCACUGGCAUCCUCAUGGGCUCCAAAGCUGUCAAGCCUGUGCUAGUGAAAAACAUCACCAUUGAAGGGGUGGCUUAUACCUCCGAAUGCUUCCCCUGCAAGGCUGGCACGUUUAGCAGCAAGCCAGGUGCCUUCAGCUGCCAGGUGUGUCCCCGGAACACCUACUCGGAGAAGGGCGCCACGGAGUGCAUGCGCUGUGACGAGGACUCCCAGUUUUCAGAGGAAGGGUCCAGCGAGUGUACGGAGCGCCCUCCCUGCACCACAAAGGACUAUUUCCAGAUCCACACAGCCUGUGACCAGGAAGGCAAGACACAGAUAAUGUACAAAUGGAUAGAGCCCAAAAUCUGCAGGGAGGACCUCACAGAUGCUAUUCGACUGCCCCCUUCUGGAGAGAAGAAGGAUUGUCCUCCCUGUAACCCUGGAUUCCACAAUAAUGGAUCCUCCUCUUGUCACCCUUGCCCUCCUGGAACAUACUCAGAUGGCACAAAGGAGUGCAGACCCUGUCCUGCGGGAACAGAGCCAGCCCUGGGGUUUGAGUACAAGUGGUGGAAUGUCCUUCCCGGGAACAUGAAAACUUCCUGUUUCAACGUGGGCAACUCCAAGUGUGACGGGAUGAAUGGUUGGGAGGUAGCUGGAGAUCAUAUCCAGAGUGGAGCUGGAGGUUCUGAUAACGACUACCUCAUCUUAAACCUGCACAUCCCAGGGUUUAAACCUCCAACGUCUCUGACAGGAGCCACAGGCUCAGAACUGGGGAGAAUAACGUUUGUCUUCGAGAUGCUGUGCUCUGCCGACUGUGUCCUGUACUUCAUGGUGGAUAUUAAUAGAAAAAGCACCAAUGUGGUGGAAUCAUGGGGUGGAACCAAAGAGAAGCAAGCAUACACUCACCUCAUCUUCAAGAACGCCACCUUCACAUUCACCUGGGCCUUCCAGAGGACCAGCCAGGGCCAGGACAACAGACGGUUCAUCAAGGAUGUGGUGAAGAUCUAUUCCAUCACAGCCAGUAAUGCAGUUGACGGGGUGGCGUCUUCCUGCCGCACCUGUGCGCUGGGUUCUGAGCAGUCGGGCUCAUCGUGUGUCCCCUGCCCCCCAGGCCACUACAUUGAGAAGGAAGCCAACCAGUGCCAGGAGUGUCCCCCCGACACACGCCUGUCCACCCACCAGGUCUACGGCAAGGAGGCGUGUAUUCCUUGCGGGCCUGGGAGCAGGAGCAGCCAGGACCAUUCAGUUUGCUACAGUGACUGCUUCUUUUACCAUGAGAAAGAAAACCGGAGCUUGCACUAUGACUUCAGCAACCUGAGCAGCGUGGGCUCCCUAAUGAAUGGCCCCAGCUUCACCUCCAAAGGGACCAAAUACUUCCACUUCUUCAACAUCAGUCUGUGUGGGCACGAGGGGAAGAAGAUGGCUUUUUGCACCAACAACAUCUCAGACUUCACACUGAAGGAAACGGUGGUGGGCUCAGAUGAUUAUGUGAAUCUGGUAGGAGCAUUUGUAUGCCAGUCAACAAUCAUUCCUUCUGAGAGCAAGGGUUUCCGAGCAGCCUUGUCUUCCCAGUCCAUCAUCUUGGCUGAUACAUUCUUAGGAGUGACAGUUGAAUCCACAUUGCAAAACAUUAAUAUAAAAGAAGAUAUGUUCCCUGUUUCACCAAGCCAAGUACCUGACGUGCACUUCUUUUAUAAAUCUUCCACAACUACACCGUCUUGUUCCGAUGGCCGAUCCACUGCUGUGAAAAUGAGGUGUAAUCCUGUGAAAGCUGGAGUGGGCGUGAUCUCAGUCCCUAGCAAAUGCCCAGCGGGCACCUGUGAUGGGUGUGCAUUCUACUUCCUGUGGGAGAGCGCUGAGGCCUGCCCGCUGUGCACGGAGCUCGACUUCCAUGCCAUUGAGGGCGCCUGCAAGCGAGGGCUGCAGGAGACCUUGUACGUGUGGAAUGAACCUAAAUGGUGCAUUAAAGGAAUUUCUUUGCCUGAGAAAAAGCUGUCGGCCUGUGAAACCAUUGACUUUUGGCUAAAAGUGGGAGCUGGUGUGGGAGCUUUCACUGCUGUUUUGCUGGUGGCCCUAACUUGCUACUUCUGGAAAAAGAAUCAAAAAUUGGAGUACAAAUAUUCCAAGCUAGUGAUGACGACGAACUCAAAAGAGGGUGAACUCCCGGCUGCUGACAGCUGCGCCAUCAUGGAAGGGGAAGACAAUGAAGAGGAAAUCAUGUAUUCCAAUAAACAGUCGCUCCUGGGAAAGCUCAAAUCUUUAGCAACAAAGGAAAAACAAGAACAUUUUGAGUCUGUCCAGCUGAAAUCCUCACGAUCCCCCAAUAUAUGAAGUAGUCAUGCUGUGGGAUUCAAAGGUGUGGCCCAAGAACCCCGCUCCCCAGCUGUGCAGGACCCUGGUGAGGACCUAUCCCCAUUGGCUGCGCUGCUGAGGGGAGAGGAGAAUGGUCGGGGGCCUUACCAUGCACUCCAAGGACUUGCCAGACCGAGGAACGCAACUGGGUCUGACCGCAGAGAACUUCACUCAGGAAGAGAUUUACUAUCCACCCGCGAGCCGGGCCCAUGCUGUGGGUGGGUGGGCGGGCGCCCUCCAUGCCUCCUGUCCUCUAGUGGGUGUGCCCUGCAGUGCCACUGUGGGCACAUGUCUGGAAUCUCAUUUAUGUCUUGUCUGUGUUUAUAUUUUGGAAAAGAUUGGAAAAAUUUUCUAAGGUAUAAUUAUUUUUCCCAUUAUUUAUUUUCCCAACAGACCUUAAAUCAUCUUUUCUAUUAAAAAUGGUGAGCAAUCAAUAAACUUUUCAUUUUAGUAGGGUA